AAGGGGAUAUGCAGACCAUCGAGGCGCACAGUUUGUUUCCAUCCGUCGUCGUGGGAAGUUUGGUCAGAGACUCUCGGAAGAUUGAGGAGUUUUUCUCAGGCCUCACAGACACUGUGGCAAGGACUUUUGCAAAGUGUUCUGUGGAUUUUCUUUCACAAAUACAAAAUAACAACACACCGAAAGUUGUCCGUGUGCCGUGUUUGAGCGCGGAAGUUUUUAUCACUUUUUUCGGGCCGUCCGUGUGCUUCGCAGAAAAUCCGUGAAAUGUGCGUGAAGGUGUGCGAGUGAGAGAGGUGAAUUUUGCGGCAAAGCUGAGACACUGUGUGCAAGCAGGAGGGGUGGAUUUUGGACUCGUUGGAGAGCCGCAGCUAAAUAAGCCUUCCCCAUUGUGGAAAGCUCAAGAGGAAAUGCUGGAAAAUCGAUUGGGUGGCGUGUGAGGUAGCUCUCAAAAAAAAAAAAGAAGGAAAAGAGAACUUUAAGGAAGAAGGAAGGAAAAUAAUAAAAGAAGGAAAAGACAGUGCAAGAGACAAAUUUCGUGAGGGGAAGAGUGGGACUUUGGGUGGUCAGGUCGGGGAAUUUCCUGCCGUUUGGGUUUGUGAUGGUGCUCACAGAGGAUUUUGACCAGGAGCCCGUCCGGCUGAGGCCGCGAUCCGAGUAGCUCUGCCAUGUCAACAUUUCCUGGGGGCCAUUGGACAUCCUGGGGAUGUGUCCAGGCUCUCAUCGUGACCUUGGCCAUCCUACUUCUGUCAGAUCCAGCGAGCGCUUUGGAUCCUGGCAUAGAUCUCCUAGAAGCGCUCAACCUCUACACGAAUUAUUCCUUCUACGACGGUGUUUCACUGUCGGAGGAUCCACAGCAACGAAUUGCUUAUCAUCUGCAAAGUGGUCAUCGAAAUUUACUUCUUCCGGCAUCAGUUUACAUUCGUGCAGCCAAUUCAAUACGAAAAACAAACGAAUUCACAUUAGCGGCUCAUUUGCGACAGGACAGAGAUAAUAGUGGGUCCAUCAUUGCGUUCUCUUCUGGUGCAAAUAGGUAUCUGGAGUUGCAAUCGAGCGGCCGACGUGAUGAGUUGCGAUUCCAUUUUACCUAUACGACGUCAGAAGGUGUCCCCCAAGUCCAUGUAGAAUCUUUCCCAAAAGUUAUCAUAGAUGAUAAUAAAUGGCACAAGAUUGCCCUCUCUGUGAGUGGCUCCGAAAUUCAACUACUUAUUGACUGCCAUCCAUUGUAUAGACGAGUGACACAUUUUUUACCAGAUAGAAAUUUUAGUGCUUCCAAUAUGCAAUUAUUUGUUGGACAGAGAAAUCAACAAAAUCAUUCGUUAUUUAAAGGCUUCAUUCAGGAUGCUCGAGUAAUUCCGAGCUCCUACGGCUACCUAACGCAGUGUCCACACUUGGAUACGCACUGCCCAACAUGUGGGCAAUUUAGUCAUCUACAGAGCUCCGUUGAGGAGUUGCGUCAGAGUUUGGAGGAUCUUAAAAAAAGGCUAGUGGCUGCAGAAAGUCGCGUUCUGGAGCUCCAAGAGUGCGACUGUCGGAAGUCGUGCGUGCUGGAGAAUGGCACGCGGAAGGAGGAUGGUGAGACGUGGGACGUGGGAUGCGAAGUCUACAAGUGCGACCGUGGCAAUAUCAGUCACGGUGCGCGAGUCUGUGAUCCUUUACCGUGCAAGCAUCCUGUUACUUUUGAGAAUGAGUGCUGCCCAAAGUGUUUGAAAAAGUGCUUCAUCAAAAAGCAAGAAUUUGAACAUGGCGAAAGGCAAAUCCUGGGAUGCCGCAACUGUUCAUGUAUAGAUGGAAAUAUGAAAUGUGAUAUAUUAGAAUGUCCAAAGUUGUCGUGCCCAAAGGAAAUGCAAUUCUCCGUGACGGAUGAGUGUUGCAAAUUCUGUCCAGGAGACGAUUACUGCUCGAAAGGUCACGCAUGUCAUACUAAUGCUACGUGUCUUAAUCUUAACACCAAGUACACGUGUACCUGUCGCCCGGGCUUCCAAGGAGAUGGGUUUCAUUGUGAGGAUAUCGACGAAUGCGCUCAACAGGGCGGCCUCACGGGCAAUCAUUGCCACCUGAAUACGCGCUGCGUCAACACGUCGGGGUCGUAUGUGUGCGAGUGCCUGCCCGGCUAUCGUAGGUUAGACAAAUUCAACUGUGUUGAGAUCGAUGAGUGCGCCACGGGUCAGCACGCGUGUCACGCCAAUGCGGAGUGCAUCAACACGCAGGGCUCCUACCACUGUCGCUGCCGUCCCGGUUACACCGGUGACGGCUACGACUGCAAACCUGUAUGCAACCAAACGUGCCUAAACGGUGGCCAGUGCGUAGCACCGGGCGUCUGCUCGUGCCGUGUGGGCUUCGUGGGUGCCUCGUGCGAACAAGAUCUGGAUGAGUGUGCUACCGGUAUGCACGGAUGCCGUGAGUCGUCCGUGUGCGUAAAUAUGCCCGGAUGGUACUACUGCAAAUGCAAGCCGGGCUUCAGGACACGCGACACAGACUGCGUGGACAUUGAUGAGUGCCGCCAUGGGACACACAGUUGCCACCCAACGGCAGGCUGUGUCAACACAGAAGGACACUUUGAGUGCCAUUGUCCUCCCGCCGAAGAGGAUCCCAACUGUCGCCUUAGUUGCAUGUUUGAAGACAACGAAAUUCCCGAUGGUGCGAGUGUUUCACCGGAAAAUCAACCGUGCAAAGUGUGCACGUGCGAACGCGGUGUGAUCUCGUGCAAAGACAAACCGUGCAACUGUUCAGCAUGGCGCGGGGGUGUCGGACGCGAUCUCUGCUGCCCACAGUGCGACCCAAAGGAAUCCUGUCAGCAUCAGGAGCUCAAGCAUGUGGUCUUCCAGAGUGGGGAGCAGUGGAUCUAUCAAUGCCAAACAUGUGAAUGCCUCUAUGGCGAAUUUGACUGCUGGAAGUUGGAAUGCCCACCAUUGACGUGCAGCAAUCCCCUUCCGCUCCAACCAGGAGACUGCUGUCCACGCUGUGAGGAUGAUCCGUGUAAUUUUUUCAGCAAUCAAACAAGCGGAACGACAUCAACGGGAAAGCCGUGCUCCUACCAGGGCCACGCCAUUGCCUCCGGACAGACCUUCAAUGAUCCCUCCAGUCAGUGCACCACGUGUGCUUGCAAGGUCCCCUACUGUGCCCAACUGGAUGGGCGUCUUUGCUGCAGUUUUGGUAGCUCUUGCGCUGACCCUGAUGACCACUACGGACCUACAGUCACUCAAGCGUCUCAUGGCCAUUUGGCAUCGGAAACAACGUCCACUGAGACGCCAACGACGGCUGUACCAAUAACAUCGCUACUGAGGCCAAUUCAGGGACGGCCAUUCCUGACAACUCGCAUGCCCGGUGUCUGAGCUAAAUACAAUCCACGAGUACUAAAAAAAGCAAAAAUUUAGCACACACACGAAAGGUAGGCAAAGCCACACAAUUAAUCACUUUAAAGCCCUUUGUUUAUUGCAAUGAAGAAGAAGAAGAAGUGAAAAAGGAGACCCCACGAAAGACGCAACUUUAGUCGUAUUGAAGAAUGAGGUUAGGAAAACAACAACAACAAAAGAGAGGUUAGGACUUUAAUGACAUUUCUUGGAAGCACGAAUAACUGAAUUUGAAAGAAAUAUUUAAAUUUUAAACGAAAAAGUGUUAAAGAUUGUAUUGAAAAGUGUUUGAUUUGAAAACACGAAAAACAAAAUUUAGUACACACAGAUAAGAAAAAAAAAUCCUCAAGAUUGUUUAAAGAAGAAAGUGAAUUGAAAACAAACAAAAAAAGCUUUUUACAGUGAAGAAAACAUUAGGAAAAUGAAGUAAAAAAAAUAUUACUAAAUUUUUGAAAUUUUGAUAAAUUAUUGAAGAAUUAUUAACUAUUUUCUGACAUUCCUUUGCGAAUAAUUUUUUUUUUUCACAUAAAUGUUGUUUCUUCUUUUUAUUUUAAACAAAGUAAUUCAUAAUGAAGGAUUGAACAAAAGUGUCUUUAGUACUUUUUAGUACUCGCCUGUAUAUUAUUUCAUGUGUAUAUUUUUUUCCUCUCUUAAAUCCAAACGUCUGUAUAUUUGUCAUCCCCUUUCAUCCCACAUUAAUUUUUUUAUUAAUUAAUCUUAAAAUUUAAUAUUUAAAUGUCUUACAACACAAUGUACAGAAGAAAUUUACAAAAAAAAAAUGAAAGAAAAUACCAAAAUGUAUAUUUGUCUUCUAAUUUAUGAUUUAUAUUUUAGCAUAAAUAAUUUUUUUUAGUACUCUUAGCAUGUACCUUCCCCCUCCCUCUCAAAAGGCGAAUGAAAAAAAAACUUGUGUAUAGUAAUAAAAACAAUUUUUUUGUGAAUUGAGCCACACACAGAAAAUUAAAAAAAAAAAAAAAGAAAUAAUUCGUGAAAAGAAAUUACCAAAAUAGCAACUUUUGCACAUUUUGAAUGAAUUUAGUACAUGUACUAAAUUCAACCCAUGUGCAUUAGUUAAUUUACGUCAAUUUGUUCCUUGAAAGACGAUUAAAAGAAAAAGAAGAAGAUGUGUAAAUUCCAGAUGAAUUCAAGCUAUUUAGAGAGCUUUUUGCAAAAAUAUAAAGAAAAAAUGAAAAAUCUUGUUAUUUAAUUCGUAGAACAAAUCUCCACAAUUAACGAUGAAAAAAAAACAAAUAGUUAAAAAAAACAUUUAAAAGAAAAAAAAACCUUUUAAAAAGAACUUUCGGGAUGAAAAUUAUAAAAAUAAAAAAUAAAAUAAAUUGAAAAUUUCACGUUGAAACGAAAUUAUUGCGAUAGAAACAUGAAAUAAUAACAAAAAAAAGCACAAAUAUUAAUAAAAAAAAAUGAGAAAUGUUAAUAAUAACUUUUAGUUCCUUCUUUGUCUUUUAGAUGUUUAAGGGCGCGCGUGUGAAUUUUUGCGAGAUAUUCCUUAAAAAAAAAACAGAAAAUAAAUCAAUAAAGUUUUUCACAAAUUGAAACUAAAAUGAAAAUUUAAUAAAAAAAAAACUUGUCCACGUGUAAUUGAUUGGAAACAAUAAAAAAAAAAGUUAAUUAAAAAAAUAUAAAAAAUAAUAAUUAAAAGAAUAAAAAAAAAUAUUCAAUAUAAUUGCCUUUUUGUGUGAGGCGACAGAGAAUAAAUGAUAAAAGAAUAAAAUUUUCUGAGAGAGAAAUGCACUCAUGUAAAUAUUUUGAAAAUAAAACUUUAAUAUUAAAAAAAAACUAUAGAAAGUGAAAAUAUUUAAAUAUUAGAGAAAUAUUCUUUUUUUCGUUCUUGUGUUAAUUUUGGUGGAUUUUGUACAUAAAAAAAGUGCGUGAAUGCGUGGAGAUUAUACUUUAAAGUGAGAAAAAAGAAGCAGAGAGAAUAAAACAAGAUAAAAAACAAAUAUUUAUUACAAAGAGAAAAUAAAUAAUAAAAAAAAUAGAAUUAUUGUGAAGAGAAGUUAAAGUAAAAGAAAAAAAUUGAAAAUUAAUUAUUUGAGUGAAGAAUUAAGUGAGAAAUUCAAUCAAACAUCCCAGUUUAUAGAAAAUUUUCAAAUUUUUAAAGAAAUCUCACUUUUUUUUUAAAUUUAAUUUUUCAAUCCUCAAACUCUGAAAUUUAGCAACAAAAAAACAAACUAUUAAAAAAAAUAAUCUCCUUACUUGAUUUAUUUCAGAGAGAUGAUGAAAAAUGAAUGAUAAAAGAACUACGUAUUAUUAAAAAAAAAAAUGAAAUUAGCACAAAUAAAAUUCUUGUAAAUUUUGCGAUAGAUAUUAAAUAUAUUAAAAAAUUAAAAUAUUAAAAAAAAAAUAAAGAAAAAUAUAUUGUUAACUAUGUAUAAAAAAAAACAAAACACACGGAAGUAAAUGAAUGCGGAGGAAUUUAGAGAGAUGAAGGAAAUUGUGGUUGGAUGGCGUCAAUAGAAGAAAAAAACUCGUGAGAAAACUUUGAAGAGUUUAAACCAAAAAAAAAAACAAGAAAACUUAAAAACUUUGUAAAAUCCACGGAAUAUUCACAAAAUUCUCAAAAAAAAAAAAAUAAAAUUUCCAAAAAUAAUUCUCAUUUUGUUCUCUCACCUUUCACAUCAGAAAAUUUCACUUUUUUGUCAGGAAAAUAUUUAACGUUUGAUCAGGAGAAUAUUUUUCAAGCAACAAGACUAAUUUUCUGAUCAAAGAAAAAAUUAUUCCCUCAUUUUUCAGCAAAAAAAAAUCAUCAAAAACUUUCGGCAAAUUUUAGGAGAAAAUCAUUCACUUUAAGAAAAAGUAGUAAAAGUAAUUUUUUUAAAGAAUAAUUUAGAUUUUUUUGUAAUUUAAAAAUCAACAAGAAACAAAAACAUUUCAACUGAUUAACCCUUUAACUGUUCAUUGUGCUAGAAUUGUUUUUGCUUGAAAUAAAAAUUCUAGCAGUUUACGUGGUCAGUUGAACACUUAAAAGAUUUUGGAACUGAACUGAGCACCUAACAUGGUGGAGACUGGAAAAUUCUAGCAGUUUUUCUUUGAAAUUCUAGCAAUUGAUAAAUGAACUGUGAAUGGGACACUUUAUGCAUCCACUGGUCUCCAACAAGCUAAAAGUCAUUCAACAGAUAAUUUAUGUAAAAUUAUAUAGAAAAAUCUGCUAGAAUUUGUUAGUCUCCAACGUGCUAAGGCGUUUACACUUUGGAACCCGUGGAGCCCUUUAACUUGUAAAAUUGACAGUUUUUCCGCGUAAAACCCAAAUAAGAAAAAAAAACAACUGCUAGAAUUUCACGUUCCUUACCAUUACUACAUUAUCUAUAAUAUUAAUUGAAAAAAAAGAGAAAACAAAAUGCGAGAGAUUUUGUGGAAAAAGUAAAAUUGACACAAAACAUUUUUUUACAUAAGUAAUUGAAAAGAAAAGAAUUCUCUUCCGAACUGCUAGAAAACAAAAAAAAGUUUAAAACUGCUAGAAUAUUAAUUUUUUUUAAUGAAAAAAUAAAUCAAAAAACGGAUUUUUUGCAAAAUGCUAAAAUGCAAUAAAAGGAAAACUGCAUGAAUUCUAGCACUUCUCAUCACAUGAUGAAUGAUGAAAAAAUCAACUAAACUUCUAUCUCUUUCUAAUAUGGUGCUGAAAAUGCAUUGUAAUUACUUUUUUUUUAAAUUAAAAUAAAUAAUAAAUGAAAAAUGAAAAGAAAAUAUUUCUAAUAUAUUUGCUAGUCAUUGUGGAGUUAGUAGAAAAAUGAUAAUGAAAAGAAGAGAAAAAAAAACAAAAAAGUUUUUUUUGCGACAACGGAAUAAAAGAAAAAAAAUAAUGAGAAAAAAAGAGAAAGAGAAAUCCUUUGAAAAAAAAAUAUUAUUUUUAUUACAAUAAAGUAAAAUAUAGUUUAAAGGAAGGAGAAGAAAAUGAUGAAAUAAGAAGAAAAAAUUGCAAAAAGGGGAAAGAAAAAUUUUAUUUUUAAAGAGAGAUUAAAGAAGAACAAGAGAAAAAGAACAAAAAAAAGUGAGGAACAAGAGGGGAAUAAAGAGGAGAAGAAAAUAAAACUUGAUGAUGAUGAUGGAAAAAUAAAUGAGUAUAACUGACACAUUGAUUUUGUUGUAAUAUAAUGUGUGCCAAUUAAUAUUUAGAGAAUAUAAUAAAAAAUAAAUAGGCUGCAUUCUA